CGAAUCAAAAAUAUUGAACUUCGUUGUGGUCGAACGGGUCGAACCAUUAUACAUAUUGGUCAAACCGAAAUACUGAAAAAUUAGAGGAUAACUAGCAACUUUGCUGAUGUAGUAAUGGUAGUACAUCACGGAAAGGAAAAAAGGGAAAUAAGACGAAACGACGACAAAAGUUACACAAGUCAAUCAUUAGCACUUCAGCAGAGCCAGAUCAGGGCAACAGUGUCAAAACGCAACAAAUCGAUAGAACUCCGCCAGAGUUUUGUUUUGCUGCUAGGUUUGGCAGACAACGAAGAAGAAAAUAAAUUUUGUUUUUACUGAAAAGUGUUAAUUCUGUGUAGUUCUUAUAUCGCAGCAGGCGACAAAUUCGACAGUGAAUCUAUCGUAAACACCUAUAGAGGAAGAGAAAAGUCUCGAGCCUAUCGAAUCGAAAGCGCAAGAGAGCAAGAUGCCUGCGCCCAACAACAACAAUAACAACAACGAUGACGACGAUUUGCCUCCGCCUAAGGCUGAUUUCAGUGCACCGCCACCGUAUGAGGUAACAGACACUACCAGCCGGUAUGGAACACCAGAACACGAAAUAAAUACUAAGCUACCAACGUACGAGGAGGUGCAAAUGGAAAAGAUGAUCAAUCACGAGGAUCCGAUACCACCAGGAACGGGAGGUCAAAUGCCACCGCCUCCGCCGAGCAUCACCGGUCGACCGCUGGGACCGGCAGGCCGAUCGGCUGGAGGCGUAGGCGGCGGUGCCCCGGCCGUAACGUUUAUCGCAAUCGAUGCCGACGGCGAAAAUAUUACCGCAGACAAGAGUCUGCUGGGAACGGACAUUGUAUUUGUGACGGCCUUUCUGGUAUCGUUCUUCUUUAACUGGAUCGGUUUUCUAAUGUUGACCUGCUUCUGUCACACAAUUGCCGCCCGUUACGGAGCACUUUCUGGAUUCGGCCUCUCACUGGCUAAAUGGACUUUGAUCGUGAAACAUUCGACUGAUUUUGCUUCGCACGAGAAUUCCUGGCUGUGGUGGCUGAUAAUGGCAUUCGGUCUUCUCAUCUGCGUUCGGGCUAUCGUCCAGUACGUCAGUAUCAAGCGAACCUGGCGUUUGUUGUCGACGUCCGCCCAAGAAAGCUUGCUCUUCUUCUACUGAGUUACGUGUGCCGCUUGAACAAAGCGAUUAUUUACAAAAUUGGACUCCUGCAAACCGAAUUACAUUUCCUAUUCAAACCAGAAACAGCCUGUCGAUGGUAAAUAAGUGAUUGGUGCACCUGCGUGACAGCGAUGCCGCAGGGAUUUGCCGAAGAUUUUGAUCGAACUGUUGAACAACUUAUGUCUGGUUUUGUGAUAAAACAAUCAAAUUGCUCGAUUCCCAUGUUCUACAAACAUUCCCUUUAUUUCCUUAAUACCAUUUCUAUGUUGUUAUUGUUGUUUUCUCAAUCAUUUUUGUUUUUCAGAAAACCAGCAAAAUAGUAGAGUGUAAUGUAACUUGCAGUACUAGAAUGUCGUCAUUUGAGGUCUAGUCGAGCUUCAGAAAAUACAAUGGAUGUGUAGAACUCUGUCGCUUUUUAGCCGUCGUUAUUUUCUUUGUUUCCAACUCGUCAUACCAACUUUUUUAUCAGUAAGUUUGAAUUAACGGAAGUCAAGUGGAAGCACUUCCGCUAACGCUCAUUUGUUCUCUGUUAUGCUAAACUGUUUAUCAUCGAAAUUAAAACGUUGUAAUGCCGUUUAUACACGGUCGCAUGUCGAAUAAAUUCAACGCACUGCAAUUAAAUAAUAGAGCAUAUUUUUGUACUUGUAAAUAGGCUUCAGUGUGAAAUAAUUAAACUAACCAACAACUAUAAUCCAAAUGUGAAUAUGACAAACAUAAUUCAAAUAAAAUAUAUU